AUGCUUCUGGUAGUAAUAAAGGUUAAUUCCUGGCUACCAGAAUGGCUGCUGAUAAAUAAAACUCUGAUAUUUUUGCCUUCUGUCCAAGGUAUUGAUUUUGCAACACGCAAAAUAGCAAAAAUGCUGAAGCCUCAGAAAGUGAUCAAACAAGAUGGUGAUUCAUUCUAUAUCCAUACCACUAGCACAUUCAGAGAUUAUCUGCUUGAAUUCAAAGUUGGAGAAGAAUUUGAGGAAGAUAAUAAAGGCUUGGAUAACAGAAAAUGCAAGAGCCUCGUUACCUGGGAAAAUGACAAACUUGUGUGUGUCCAGACUGGGGAGAAGAAGAACAGGGGCUGGACUCACUGGCUUGAAGGGGAUGACCUCCACCUGGAGCUUCGUUGUGAGAAUCAAGUAUGCAAACAGGUCUUCAAGAGAGCUUGA